AUGGCCGCCGCAUUCCCCGACGAAAUUGAGCCUUCACCGGGGGCGGUCUCUCCAGCGAGUCCGACCUCCUCGACAGACCAAAUCCCUCUAGAGCGACCCCAAAAGCUCAAAGGGCGACACAAGCUGCUACAAAGCCUCCAGCGGAUGUCGUCCAGUCCGAGUCUCACCAGACGCGGCAGAUCUCAUUCUACCGGCUACCGUCGGGAUGGAAAGGCUUCCUUAUCCUGUGUCUCGCUCGGUCAGUCAGCAUACAAUCCAUGCCUCGGCAAUGGAAGCUCGUCACAACUAUACGGAGGCUUGAAUGUCCGUCCUGCAACCCCGGGCUCGCCGGAUGAGCACACUGGAGGAAAUGCCCAAAUCCGCCUAGUCGGGACCGAUUCUCCGAGUGGCUCCAAUCCGAAGACAAUUCCCUUGCCGACCGAGUUGAGACCGGGAUCCCGUGGAUCACCGCUGGAAUUUGCACCGGUAGAAGAGAUUGUGGUCGCGCAGCCUGCGUCUAAGCCGAAGGUUGUUUUCGACUUUUGGGGCCGCAUGCCUGACGAGAUCAAAAUGAACAUCUUCCGCUAUCUGACCGCAAAGGAAGUCGUACGUUGUUCUGCUGUGUCGCGAGCCUGGAAUAAGAUGUGUUAUGAUGGGCAGUUGUGGUCGUGUGUCGAUACCACAGACUACUACCGCGAAAUUCCCAGCGAUAGUCUCGUGAAACUGAUGACCUCUGGCGGUCCUUUCGUUCGAAAUCUCAACCUCCGAGGCUGUAUUCAGCUUCGGGAAAAGUGGGCUACUGAGGGCGAGCGUAUCACGGAUCUUUGUCGGAACGUUGUCAACUUCUCUCUCGAAGGAUGCCGCAUUGACAAGACUUCCAUGCACUGUUUUCUGCUACGAAACCCUCGUCUUGAAUACAUCAAUGUCUCUGGAUUGCCUACUGUGACCAACUCCGCCAUGAAGAUUAUCGCCCAGAAGUGUCCGCAGCUCGAGAUUCUCAAUAUCUCGUGGUGCACUGGCGUCAACACUUCCGGCUUGAGAAAAGUGGUACAAGCUUGCCCGAGAUUGAAAGAUUUGCGGGCCAGCGAAAUUAGUGGUUUUCACGAUGAGGAAUUUGCCCUUGAAUUGUUCAAGAGGAACACCUUGGAAAGGUUGAUCAUAGGCCGCACCGAUCUGACGGACGACAGCCUCAAGGCUCUUAUGCAUGGCAUUGACCCGGAAAUCGAUGUGCUCACGGACCGGCCAAUCGUCCCACCCCGGCGUCUCAAACACCUGGAUGUGCACCAAUGCUCGGAUUUGACUGAUGUCGGAGUGAAAAGUCUGGCCCACAAUGUUCCCGAGCUCGAGGGCCUCCAGCUAUCUCAAUGCCCGCAGUUGAGCGACGAUUCCGUCAUUGAUGUCAUCCGCACGACCCCUCUGUUGACUAAUCUUGAACUUGAAGACCUGGAACAGCUCACCAACAACACCUUAGUUGAACUUGCCAAGAGUCCGUGUGCCGAACGCCUUGAACACCUCAACAUCAGCUUUUGUGAGAGCCUAGGUGACAUCGGAAUGCUUCAGGUGAUGAAGAGCUGCCCCAACAUUCGGUCCGUGGAGAUGGAUAACACUCGAAUCUCCGAUCUCACUUUGAUGGAGGCCAGUUUUCGCGUCCGUAAGCGAGGCUACGACGAAAAUCUUCCCAGGGUUGGCUUGCGCCUGGUGGUUUUUGAUUGUGCCAAUGUCACUUGGGCAGGAGUGAAGGAGGUCCUUUCGAGCAACGCAUACAUACCACGCUCUCGCAAAACUAGUUCGCCGGUCACGGUGGUGACGCAGCAGGUUGACGAAGGCGAGUCACCAACAGCAGCGAUUACGAGGACUUCCUCGAUCACUCCGCCACCACCGCCCCCGGUGUUUCCCAACGAGAUCAUCCAACUCAAAUGCUUCUAUGGCUGGCAAAUGACCGUCGAUGAACACAACAAGCGAGUCUUGCGCGGGGAUCUCGCUGCCGCGAGUAGACUAGACCGGAAAUGGGCCGAUUAUAUGAUGGCGACAGAAGAAGCUGGUGCUGGCGGAGCCGGUGCGCGGCGCAGACGGCGCCGAGCUCGCGAGGCCGAACGACUCUACAACGCCGACGAUGAUGAAGAUGCAUAUGGCAUUGGUGGUAUUUCCGCUCUUGGAGGAAGACGCAGAAGAGCGCAGAGCGGAGGUUGCACUGUUAUGUAA